AAUAAUUUUUGGAUGGCCAUACUUCAAAAUCACAUAUAUGAAAGUCGCUUCCUUUGCUAAUGAUACUUUUCUUUUCUUGUCUCCCAUGAUAAGAAUCUAGGAAAGGGGAAGACAAUAGAAGAAUAAAGUAAAAUGUAGCACAAAUUAAAGCAACUUUCACCCUAAGAUCACAUAUUAUUUGCUUUCAUAUUUGACAUGAAUAUGAUAUACAGCAAACGUGGUACAAACUUUAUUCUUAUUCCUUCAUUACAAGUGCUUCUGAAUUCACUAUUUAAAUAGUCAAGAGCCAUUAACAUGAAUACAUGAUAUACCUCUUUUAUGUCACAUACCAGUUACUAAAACAAGGAAUCAUCAUGGCCAAAAACUAUGGCUUCCUUAUUUGCAUACUUGUCAUGGUGAUGGAUAUUGUUGCAGGCAUACUAGGAAUUCAAGCCGAGAUAACUCAAAACAAGGAGAAGCCUAUGAAGAUGUGGAUAUUUGAUUGUAGGUAUCCUAGCCAUCAAGCUUUCCAAUUAGGACUUGCAGCUCUUAUUCUCUUGUCUCUUGCUCAUAUAAUUGCUAACUUGCUUGGAGGCUGCGUUUGUGUUUGGUCUAAAGACCAAUACAGAUCAGCCACAGCCAAUAAACAAUUAUCUAUGGCUUUUCUCAUUUUCUCUUGGCUCGUGAUGGCAGUUGCAUUCUCCAUGCUAAUUAUAGGAACAUUAGCCAACUCAAGGUCAAGAAAAUCAUGUGGGAUAUUUAACCAUAGGUUUCUAUUCAUAGGUGGCAUUUUGUGUUUCAUCCAUGGAUUGUUCACCGUUCCUUAUUAUGUUUCUGCCACAGCCACCAGAAGAGAAGAAAAGAGGCAAUUAGAAAGCCUGGGGCCCGCCGUAAGACGAACUUAAUUAAUUAGAAUUUCACCAAAACGUUGCUAAUUGCUUGCUUGCUGCAUAUGAAAUGUACAUUUUUUUUUCAAUUAAAUUGAUUGAAUGAAAAGUUAGAUUUUUCUAUUAUUGCUAAAAACUUUUCCUGCUUAAAUUAAUUGAGUUAAGCUUAAAGAAAUAAA